UUGGGCAUGUGUCAGCCAUCAAACAAGUGUUAGACUCAAAGUCUUUCUUAUCGGAGCAUUAUACAAGCAAAAACGGAUUCUUACACGUUCUUCCCGCGGAGUUAUCGAUAAAUUUACAUCGUUCCUAACCAAAAAAAAACUCUCCAAUCAGCAUUUUUUUUUGUAUUAAAACAAAAGACAAUCUCCUUAGAAAUUUUCUGGCGAAAUUUAUAACUCGUCACGAUCACGUAAACAUCAAAAAUUCGAUUGCAAACAAACAACACACUCAUCUAACAGAAAAUAAACACCCGGAUAGAAUUACUCGAUACACAUCUUUAUCUUGUAACGUGUGCGCGACAAGUUAUAGAGAGAGACGAAAGUGCGAACCAUAGUCGCGUCUGAAUGGACUGAAAGUGCAAUGUUAUCGAUCGUGCAAAUUCUAUCUAACCGCACCAUUGAGCCCUAGAGAGACCCCAAAGAGGAGGAAUCCCUCUGAGUCUGUCUGAAUCUAUCUGUGAAUAUACGCACAAGGUCGUCGCGUCGUAUCUCACGUGAAUCCAAUGCGCUGCCUUCAGAUACAUUUUUUUUGAGCCAACCAACCAACGAUCAUCGAGACAAACUUUACCUCAGAACAGGUAGACCGAUGAUCGUUCGCGUUUAUCACUUUCAGUUUAGUUCACUUCGUCGUGCUGUACGGCCCGAUUCGACUCUAGUUCUUCGAUCGUAUGGUUAUCUUGAGUUCAAAGGCUCCUUGCAGUCUCGUCGGAUCGUUUUUUUCCAGUUUGUGGAUCGUAAAUUUUGCCGUCGCGAUCGUUGAUCGACUUGUACCACAAGAAAAAUCAAAGAAAACCACUCAAACUAUUUGAGUGAUUUUGUAUGAGUGUUCAAUUGCAUUCAAUAUUGUGAGUGAAAUAGUGUGGAAUGCAACUCAUUUUGUAGAUCAAUGAGAAAAUGCAAACAAAAUAAGUGAAACCUAAGAUCGUAAUACGAUCUUAUUACCAAAAAUUUGAAAAAAAAAAUAUAAGCAACUGUGAGUGAUAAGAAAAAAAAAAACCAAAAAUCCAAAAUGGAUAUGAAUCAACAUUUAAAGGUUGGACAUCGAGAUUCGAUCUCAUCGACGAAUUCUUUAGAUGUGCCACCUAUUCCCCCAUCGCGUACUCCAAAGAGAGUAUCCUUUUCCGAUAAUAGUACUCCCACACCAUUGCCGACGAAUAACGAUGAAACCCAUUCGAAUAUUGAAUUCAAUCCGAUGAAUCAUUUUCUUCAAAAAGCUGCUUCAUAUCUGGAACAGCUUCAUGAUGAAAAUCGUCUUGGACCAUCCAAAAUUAUUGACGAAGAACAAAAAGAUAGUAGUAAAGUUAUUGCUACAAUUGAACCUAUUGUGAUAGAAAAUCCACCAAGAGGGAUUGAUAGGGUGGAUGAAUCUUCAACACCUCCAACUAUUCCUGUGACAAUGGAAAAUAGUCCUGCAAGUUCUGUUUUUGAACUUCGACGAUCGUCACUUCCGAAUUUUAAUGAAAAUUCAACACAAAUUCAAGCGGAACGGGAAGAUGAAAAUCAGAUUGUUAGCUAUUUGGAUAGAUACCAUCUGGAUAUGGAUCAUAAUUAUAGUUACAUGGAGUUGGAAGUGCGGAGGGAGAAAAUCCGAUGGCUUUUGAUAUCGGAGUGCAGUUUGCUGUUGGGCGAUGGGAAACAUACCAGAGAAGGAUUUAGGAAGUUGUUUCUUGAUGAGGAAUUCCAACAGAAACUCUUCCACCUCUUCGAUAUCGAUGGUCAAGGCUUUCUAGUGCAGGACCGUUGGAUAGAACACCUCAAGGGUCGAUUAACUGAAGAUCGACAAAAAGAUUUCGCUGAACAAUUGGAAUCGGUGGCUUAUGUGAUAUGUGGAGAAAGUAAAAUUACGUUUAAUAAUUUUGAAGAAAUUUGGGAAGCUCGAGGGAUUAUAGAUAAAUUCUAUAGGCUUAUCGAUGUAGAUGGAACGAAUUUGGUUUCGACGAAUCAAGUUAUGGAAUUCAUAUCAAAAAUCACAAACCUAAGACCACGAAAUGGUUUCGAUAAAAAAUCCCUCGAACAAUUGGAAUCACUAUUUCGGCGAACAGUCGGAAAUGAAAAAGAAAUUAGUCGAGCUGAAUUCAAAAAAAUUGUAACAUCCAAAAAUCCAUUUUUUACAGAUCGUGUAUUUCAAAUAUUCGAUAAAGAUAGUUCUGGAUCAAUAUCUCUCCAAGAAUUUAUAGAUGCAAUUCAUCAAUUUUCUGGUCAAUCAGCCGAUGAUAAGAUACGAUUUCUUUUUAAAGUUUACGAUAUUGAUGGUGAUGGUUUAAUCCAACACAAAGAACUUCACGAUGUGAUACGUGCUUGCAUGGAAGAAAAUGGAAUGCGAUUUUCUGAAGAUCAAAUAGAAGACCUCACCACAGCUAUGUUCGAAGAUGCUGAUCCAUACAAUCGAGGGACCAUAACCUACGAAGCAUUGAAAAACCAACUUCACAAACAUGGCGGCCUACUUGAAAACUUGAGUAUAACAAUCGAUCGAUGGCUUGUGCCGAUACAAGAAAAGCCUAAGCCCAAGGCUAACAAACGAUGUGUAUCAAUACCUCACCAGUUUACCGGGGCAUAUGUUCGAAACAAUCAAGUCUUUGUGUCAUACUUAUUUGUAUACAUUGCCAUCAAUGUAGGUCUAUUUGUGUCGAGAGCAAUCCAGUAUCGGAAUAGUAAUUUUUACACCAUACUAGCAAGAGCCUGUGGACAGUGCCUCAACUUUAACUGUGCCUGGGUUUUAGUUCUGAUGUUAAGACAUUCUUUAACUUAUUUACGAUCACGAGGAUUCAGUUCAUACUUACCACUUGACAAUCAUAUUUACCUCCAUAAAUUGACAGGUAUGGUGAUUUCCGGAUUGAGUGUCAUUCAUACCGUUAUGCAUUUGAUAAAUUUCUCAACUGUCGUGGUGAAUCAUCCAAGACUAAAUGGUUGUGACUAUUCAUUGGCUGAAUGGCUCUUUACAAGUCGACCUGGUCUUUUUGGAUUGAUCAAAGGCUGGGCUAAUCCAACAGGUUGUGCGUUAAUUGUGAUUUUGAUGAUUAUGUUUGUGUGUUCACAACCAUUUGUGAGACGAAAGGGAAGCUUUGAAGUCUUUUACUGGACACAUUUACUUUAUGUUCCUUUUUGGAUUCUAACCAUUUUUCAUGGCCCGAAUUUCUGGAAAUGGUUUAUAUUACCAGGAUUGGUUUAUGCGGUCGAAAGGAUCUUAAGAUUUGUUUGGAUGAAAUCGGAACAUGGAAAAACUUACAUCAGCUCUGGUUUACUACUCCCCUCGAAGGUAGUUCAUUUAGUUAUAAAACGUCCCUAUAACUUCAACUUUAGACCUGGAGAUUAUAUCUUCGUGAAUAUUCCAUCAAUAGCAAACUACGAAUGGCAUCCUUUUACAAUAAGUAGUGCUCCUGAACAAGAAGAUUAUAUGUGGUUACAUAUCAGAGGUGUUGGCGAAUGGACAAAUCGACUGUCAGAUUAUUUUGAAAAAGAACAAGAAAAACUGCAUAAUGGGGAAAUAAAUCCACAUAUUCCUCAAAAUACCACAGAUCCAGCAAGUAAUGGUGAUACAAAUGGCAAAUCAUCAACAACACCUCAGACAGAUUUUCUUGCUAAAAUGUAUCAAAAUGGUUCGGAGCCUAGAAGACCACCAAGACAAAAUCAGGGAAUGUCAAAAUUAGCUAUUGAAAAUAAUAAUACCAAAGCUGAUGAUUCAGGAAAUAAGACGAUUAAAAAUAUUAAAGAAACUUUGCAGAGAACAUUUUCGAAAAAAGAAACUAGCACAUCGAAAGAUUCAGGAAUCUCAAAUGAUGGUUUUGUUUCAGAUGAAGGAAAUAUGGAACCCAUGCCUUUACCUAGGCGCAAAGUUACACCUGACAAGAGAUUACAGAAAUUGAUUAAUAAAGUUCCAUUGGAAAAGAGUCUUUCAAUGCCGGAUAUGGAGGGAAAGUUCAAGAAGAGAGAACGGAUAAGAGCGCUUCGAGAAUACACUAGGUCCGAAUCUGAAAAGUCAUUUGACCAAGCCAAGAUCAGAAGAGCUCGUCUUCAAACACUUGGAUUAGCAUAUUUGAGUCCGCAAAACAAAUCACUGGCUCAAAGUUUCCGCUACAUGCGACAUAAACCUACAAUCAUUGCUUUCAAAACUCCUAGCCUCGAGAAUUGUGAACCAAGACCGUCUUCAAAUUCUAUGAUUGUAUCACCUGGAAUGUACAGUCAACGUGAAGCCGAAGAAGGACAAAUUGUAAAACGAAGUUCAUCUCCAUCUUCAUCCAAUUCUCCGCCCACCAACACACAGGGUGUUAAUUAUCCUGUGGGAAAACCACUUGAGGAAUCUACUAAAACAAGUUGUUUGUACAGGCCGUCAUUCCUUAGAUCAUCGCAUAAAGCUAAAAGCAGAAGUUCGGCUACAAAUACAAGUAGUACAACUACUAAUUCUGGUAGUAAGGUUACACUUGAAGUUGGCGUUUUAGAGAUUUACAUAGAUGGACCAUAUGGUGCUCCAUCAAGUCAUAUAUUUGGCGCCCAACAUGCAGUCCUUAUUGCCACUGGUAUUGGUGUUACUCCAUUUGCAUCAAUUUUACAAUCAAUUAUGCACCGUUAUUGGAAAGCUAGACAUUCGUGUCCACGAUGUGAAUACGAAUGGGCAAGUGACAUACCACGAACUGUAAUGAAUUUAAGAAAAGUUGACUUUUUCUGGAUAAAUCGAGAUCAAAGAUCAUUUGAAUGGUUUGUGAAUUUGCUGUCACAAUUGGAAAUUGAACAGGCUGAACUUGGUGGAGCAAUGGAGAGAUUCUUAGAUAUGCACAUGUAUAUAACAAGUGCAUUACAGAAGACAGAUAUGAAAGCUGUUGGUUUACAACUGGCUUUGGAUCUUUUGCACGAAAAGGGCAAACGUGAUCUAAUCACUGGUUUGAAGACUCGUACAAAUGCUGGCCGUCCAAAUUGGGAUAAAGUAUUUAAACAGCUUCAAGAUCAAAAGAAAGGAAAAGUAACAGUAUUUUACUGUGGACCAGCUCAAUUGGCAAAAACAUUACGAUACAAAUGCGAUCAAUAUGAAUUUGCAUUUAGAAAAGAGUGUUUCUAGUUUUUUUUUUUUUUUAUUUUAUAUGCAAAAUUGUUGUAAUUUAUUUGAAUUUAUUUUAUUUUUUUGUUAUCAAAGUAUUUUUAGUACUUAAUAAUUUAUAAAUUUCAUGGUAAAGGGAUAUUAUGUUUUGUAUCUAUAAAAU